CUCUUAGGCUGAUCCAUGUUGUUCAGUUUGAACUUCUUUCACAUUUUCUCAGGGAAUCAUGUGUCAAUGAACUUUUAAUGCUCAUUGCUUUUAAUUUUUCAGCUUCAGUUCUAGAACCCAAACAUGGUAGUUCAGGUGCUUACUAUAUGAUUCAUUAGGUUCUUGUCCUGAGUCGAGUUUUUCAGUGUCUCUGACAGUUUUCUCCUCUGUAAGAUGGUAAAAAAUUCUUUCUUUAAUGAACUGUGAUGUUGCUAACAAGUUAAAAAUGUUAAACAUUUAGAGUAAUGCAUAGUAUAUUGGAAGUAUUCAAAUGUUGUUUGUCUUUGCUUCUCUCAUCAUCAUCAUCAUCUUUGGAGAUUUUGAGCUUUCUUUAAAACUACUGUGGACUUUGUCAUCUCUGAAAACACCACUCAUACUCCUCUGUAUCCAAGUUUGAUCAUUCUCAGUGUGUCUAACAUAUCUAGCCCUUCCACAUAGACAACCUGGUGUUGAAUUAUUAUUUGUAUAUAUUUCAUGUAUUGCCCACAAAAAAUGAGAAAUCUACUUCUAUUUGGAAGCUAUCAUAAUCUCAAUGACAAAGCACAGGAAAUUAAAAUUAGACAUACAAGUAGCUCUAAAUGCCUUUUCAUGGCUGCCAGAAUAUAUUCUUGAACUUAAUUGAUCUUUUACCUCUAUUCAUUUUGUAUGGAAAUAAGAACUCUCCUCAUGGCCUUGGUGAAACUUUUUUUUUAACUUUAAGUCACAGUUGACAUUGAAUGAUGUGGCCAUCCAAUUCUCUCCAGAAGAGUGGGAAUGCCUGGACCCUGCUCAGAGGGCCUUAUACGUGGAUGUGAUGUUGGAGACCUUCAGGAACCUGCUCUCUGUGGAUAUUUCUCAUAUACACAUCUGGAAAUUACAACUAAAAUCACACACUGAUAGAGGAGGAGUAUGCCGAACAGUGAUUUGGGGAAGAAAUGAAAUCCUGGAAAUCAAACAUUUUAACCUUCCAGAAAUUCAGGAGAACAUGAAUGACUUCAGGUUUCAGUGGAGAGAUGAUGAAAGAAAUUACAAAAAUAUCCGUACAUCCCUUAACCAAGAUGUCAUUGAUAGUAGAAGUCAACAUGGUAGAAGGGAUGCAGUAAGCAAUCAUACUGGAAAUAGACUUGUGUUAAGCCUUCAAGAUGAACUACCUAUGUUUAAACAUCAACAGAAAAUUGCAUUUAAUCAAGCUAAUAAGUAUGUCAACAGUAGCUCCUCAUUUUCACCUCUUCAAAUAGUUUCUCCUACUCUCCAAACCAAUAUUUGUAAUAUAUAUGGGAGUGACUUUAUAUAUCCUUCAAUACUGAUGCAAAACCAGAUCCCACACAGGGUAAGACCUUACAGAUUUUAUAAUGAGUGUGGCAAAAAGCUGCAUCAGGGCUCAAAUUUCAGGAGUCAUCAGAGAAUCCAGAUAGGAGAGAAAUUACGUAUAUGUGAUGUAUGUGGCAAGGUCUUUAGCCGAAAUUCAGAUCUUGUCAUUCAUCAAAGAAUUCAUACUGGAGAGAAACCUUACAAAUGUAAUGAGUGUGGCAAGUUCUUUAGUACAAAAGGAAAGCUUUCAGUUCAUCAAAGAAUUCACACUGGAGAGAAACCUUACAAGUGCAACGAGUGUGGUAAAACCUUUAAUCAGAGCUCAAUCCUCAGUCGACAUAGGAUAAUCCAUACAGGCAAGAAAUUACAUCAAUGUGAUGUAUGUGGCAAGGUCUUUAGCCAAAAUUCUGACCUUGUAAUUCAUCAAAGAAUUCAUACUGGAGAGAAACCUUACAAAUGCAAUGAGUGUGACAAGGUCUUUAGUCAAAAAAGAAAGCUUUCAAUUCAUCAUAGAAUUCAUACUGGAGAGAAACCUUAUAGAUGUAAUGACUGUGGUAGAACAUUUAGUCAGAGCUCAACCCUCAGUCGACAUCGAAUAAUCCAUACAGGAGAGAAAUUACAGAAAUGUGGUAUGUAUGCUAAGAUGUUUAGCUGAAAUCCAGACCUUGUAAUUCAUAGGAGCAUUCAUACUGGAGAGAACCCUUAAAAAUGUAGUGUCUGUGGGAAAGCCUUUCAUUUUUCCUCAGGUAUCAGCAGACAUGAGAUAAUCCAUGCAGGAGGCAGAGCCAUAUAAAUAUCAUGUAUGUGGCAGAGUCUUUCACUGAAGCCCUUGGACUUCAUCAGGAAAUUCAUACUAGAGAUAAACCUUACAAAUGUUAUAAGUAUCUUUCGUCAAAACAAACCUUGUGAGUCACCCAAGAAUUCAUAAUAGAAACCUUACAAACGUAAUAUGGGUGUGACAAGUUCUUUCUUGAGAAGACAACCCUUUAAAACUAUCAACAAAUUCAUAUGGCAGAAAAGCCUUCCAAAUGCAGUGAGUGUGGCAAGGUCUUUAAUCACAAGGGAAACCUUACAGUUUAUCAGAGAAUUCAUACUGGAGAAAAACUUUACAAAUGUAUUGAGUUAUACAAAAUCUUUCAUGAGUUGCCAGCCCUUGCAAAGCAUCAGCUGAAUUCAUACUAGAGAGAAACCUGAUAAGUGAGUGUUGCAACAUCUUUAGUCAAAGUUCCACUCUUAAGACUUUGGAUAAUUCGUAGUAACAAGGAGACAAUCUCCAUUGGCAAAUGCCUGGGAGUCAUUCUGCCGUUUCCCAGUGAUGUACUGACAAACAAAGGCAGAGCAUGCUACAGAGAAAAGAAGACUUGUUUUCCUUUGGAUUUAAAUUCAUUCUGGGGCUGCUCCCUGCCCUUGGCUUUUCUUCCACAUAGGUGCCUUUCACACAUUUUGCUUCUUCAAACUGUGUACUACCUCUGCUCCUGCUGUAGCAGAAACUAAAUGAGGCACCCCAUUAUGUUAGUCCUUAUACAGUCCUUUUCCUCUCCAUCCACUUAACCUACAGAUGUUUGUUCUCCCUCUCUUUCUUGCUUAUUUGCAAUCUGAAAAUGAUUGCCCUCUAGCUACACUUGGCGUUUAUCCUUCCAAGGAAGCAUUACUUUCCUCUCGGAGCAUUCUUCAUUCCAGAAAGAAUGUCAUGGGACGAUGACCUCAGAGACCACCAGAACCUGUUCUUGAAUCACCUGAUGCCAGCGUGAUGAUCUCAAUUCACCCAGGAAGGGAAGAAUGGAAGACCACACCAGCCCUCAUUCUUUUUUUCAGCCCCAUUUUCCACCUGGAAAGAAAAAAAAACAACCUGAAAACCUUAAGACCUCUUCCAACUUCCCAGGAAGCAGGGGCACAGUUUUUGACACACUGGCCUACUGUGUUCCCCCUUUACCUGGCAAAGUAAUAAAGCUACUUCUUUCUAC